ACCUUUCCUCUCUCAAACGUAAUUAAAUUCCAAAAUCCCUUUUAAAUUCUUCCAAACAAUUCCCAAAUAUUCAACCAAAAAUCUUUUCCCAAUCCAAGAAAUGUCUCUCCUCUGUUUCUUCUUCGUCUUCUUCCUUUCUUUCCUCUCACUUUCCACUGCUCUCACCUCUUCCCCUUACCUUUCCCCCACAAUUCUCCCCCAGAAUUACCAAAAAAUGGUGAAAAGCUUCAAAAUUUACACUUACCCGCCUCCCGAAUCGCUGUCGUUUGACUCCAAAGUCGAAUCCCUCUUCUACUCUUCCCUCAUCCGCAGCAACUUCAUCACCCAGAAUCCCGAAGAGGCCCAUUUGUUCUUCAUCCCCUUCGCUUUCCACUCCGACCUCUCCACUAAGUCCGCCGCGCGUGUCGUCGGGGAUUACCGUACGGAUUUUAUUUAUUGGAACCGAACUCUCGGAGCCGAUCAUUUCUUCCUCUCUUGUUCCAGUGUCGGCCACGGUUCGGACCGGAACGUUGUGGAGUUGAAGAAAAAUUCGGUUCAGAUCUCGUGUUUCCCGACGAUGCCUGGGCUGUUUAUUCCUCAUAAGGAUGUUAGUUUGCCUCCGCUUGCUAACGUUCACGCGCCGACUCAAGCUCCGGGUAGAAAGAGCACGAGUUAUCUGGGUUACGUGAGGUAUAAUUGGGUGAAAGAGACGAGUUUGGUGGAGCAGCUUUUAGCUGAUCCCGAGAUUUUGGUUGAGUCUGAGCCGUCCGAUCAGAUGGCUUAUGAGGAAAGACUCGCCGGGAGCAAGUUCUGUUUAUUCGAGUACGGGUCGGAGAUAUCGGCGAUCGGAGAAGCGAUGAGUUUCGGGUGCGUGCCGGUGGUGAUUACGGACCGUCCGAUCCAGGAUAUGCCGUUGAUGGACUUGCUGAAGUGGCAGCGGAUCGCGGUGUUCGUGGGAACAAGCGGUGGGGCCAAGGAGAUCAAGAGGGUUUUGGGGCGCGUGGUGGUGGAAGAGUUCGAGGAUAUGAGGGAAUACGCUGCUGUGGCGAGUAAGCAUUUCGUGUGGAACCAGACGCCGCAGCCGUACGAUGCGUUUCAUAUGGUGAUGUAUCAGCUGUGGCUGAGGAGGCAUACCAUCAGAUAUGCAGAGAGAGAGUGGGCUUGAAAGAGUUGCAAUCCGUUGAUAUGUUCUUGGGUUCAAAACUUUAAACGGUAGUGAUCACGUAAUUCAUUUAUUUUAUUUUUCUUGUUGUAAAAAUAAUAUUUUGGUUUCUUUA